CAAGAAGCAAUGGUCGCCUUUUUUUGUGAAAAGGUCCUUUAUAUGUGUAUAUGUGUGUAUUAAGUAUUUUGUUUUUUUUGGUUUAUUGUUAAAAAGAAUCGAUACUCUAUAAAAUCGAUACUGCCACUUCACUAAAGAGUGUACGCUCUCCCCGCGGGCCCCGUACCGAGCCACGCCCAGCGCGCGCAUUCUCCAACAAAAUCUACACGAAAUGGAUGUACGGAGGACCGAGUAGAGCCGGCGUCGUCGUACGCUUCGUUCAGUCACGCACGUCACAUCUGAGUCGGGCCUCAGUUGAGUAGUUAUCUCGAUAGCCGACGAACCGUACGCACGGCGCACACGUGCCACUUGUGCCUACUCCCUUCUCCGUAUCGAUACCGAGCGAGGCCGCCGCUCGCUCGGCACCAUCCAUUGAAAAACCCCACCAAUUCAGGUCGCUGUUGGUGCAGUACCCAUCGGCACCUGACCCUACCAACUUCCUACCCAUUUAAAAAAUAAUACGAAAACAAACUGCAUCAAAAGCAAACACGUGUGCGCGUACAACCGGCCGGUCAUCAAGUCAUCGUAACAUUUCUGUCGACCGUACUAACAGCAACGCUAGGAAGGAAAAAUAAUCACGUACCUAGUUUUAGUGUUUCAACAUUCCCGUACAUUUCCGUGAUAAAACAAGUGUCAUUCAAGUUGUAAAAUCAAGUGAAAUGUCUAAUUCCUUGGAUCAGCAGUUCAGCGAUCUAAAUCUCUCCCAGGAGGAUCAUGAUCAAAUAUUUGAACAAGAUGAUCACCAGGAUCUGAGCCGUUCAUCAAAAGUACUCAUCAGUGGGCUUCCCCCGCAUGUUCGCUUCGACAACAUCGAGCCUCUGCUGUCUCAAUACGGCAACGUGCAGCAGUGCGACAAAGCCAACUCGCGCGAUGCCAACACCCAAGCGGUGUUUAUCACGUUCGAGACACCGGAGCAGGCGCAGCAGGCUAUAAACGGCUUGAACGGCUGUGAGCUGGAAGGUAGUCGCAUGAAGGUGGAGGCGGCGGAGCAGAAUGCACGCGGAGGGAGGCGCGGGCGACCCGGUGGCGGUCGCGGCGGCGGCGGCGCGGCCGGCGGCGGCUCGCGGCCCACCGAUUUCCCGCUGCGGCUGCUGGUGCAGAGCGACAUGGUCGGCGCCAUUAUCGGCCGCCAGGGCAGCACCAUCCGCCUCAUCACGCAGCAGAGCCGCGCCCGCGUCGACGUGCACCGUAAAGACAAUGUUGGAUCUCUCGAAAAAGCCAUCACUAUUUACGGAAACCCAGAGAACUGCACUAACGCUUGCAAGAGGAUACUCGAAGUCAUGCAACAGGAAGCCAACAAUACCAAUAAAGGGGACAUUUCUCUUCAAAUCCUGGCGCACAACAACUUGAUUGGGCGUAUCAUCGGUAAAGGAGGCAACACAAUCAAAAGAAUCAUGCAAGAGACCGAUACUAAGAUUACGGUAUCUUCUAUCAAUGAUAUCAAUAGUUUCAAUUUGGAACGAAUUAUCACUGUCAAGGGCACUAUUGAAAAUAUGGCUAAAGCCGAAUCACAGAUUUCGGCAAAGCUCCGUCAGAGUUACGAGAACGAUUUACAGGUUUUGGCGCCACAAAGCAUUAUGUUCCCCGGUCUGCAUCCAAUGGCCAUGAUGUCGACAGGCCGCAGCUUCUGUGGAGCCCCGCCACCAUUCCAACCGCCGCCGAUCUAUGCGCCACUGGCUGGCCAGGGCGGCGCGCAACAAGGCGCUGGUGAUAGUCAGGAGACCACAUAUUUAUACAUCCCCAACAACGCAGUGGGUGCCAUAAUCGGCACGAAGGGCUCACACAUUCGCAACAUCAUCCGAUUCAGUAGAGCCUCCGUGAAAAUAGCGCCGCUCGAGCAAGAAAAGCAGGGGGAGAACCAGAACGCUCAGCAAGAGCGCAAGGUGACAAUCGUGGGCAGCCCGGAGGCGCAAUGGAAGGCGCAGUUCCUGAUCUUCGAGAAGAUGCGGGAGGAAGGCUUCAUGUCUGGUUCGGACGACGUGCGCCUGACUGUGGAGAUAGUGGUGGCAUCUUCGCAAGUGGGGCGCAUCAUCGGCAAGGGCGGGCAGAACGUGCGCGAGCUGCAGCGCAUGACCGGCUCGCUGAUCAAGCUGCCCGAGCAGCCGCAGCAGCCGGGCGCGCCGCAGCAGGACCACGACACGACGGUGCACAUCGUCGGACCCUUCUAUAGCGUGCAGGCCUACAACACAUGUCGGCGCAGCGACGUAUCCGCGCGAUGGUGGCGCAGGCCAGCGCGCCGGGCCGCCGCCGCGCCGCCCAACCGCCGCCCGCCCAGCAGUAAUCCGCCUCCGCUUCCUCUACCCCACCCUGCCCCUUCUCCCGCCCCCCCCUGCCCCGCUCUACCCCACUACCCCACCCCGCCGCGCCCCCACAGCGCUCCACACAUCGACACAUUCAGAACCGUCAUACUGAUUGAACAAACUGUGCGCAGCCAGGUUGCCGAGCUGAUGAACAGCACGUCGCCUGUCGUCCAAAUGUUGUUGUUGACAUAAUUAUAUUAAUGUAGUGAAUUAUAAUUAAUUACUAUUGAUGAAUCCAUAUUUUAUUCCGGGAUUAUCUAUGUUGAUGAUUAAUAUUUGAAUAUGAUAUUAUAUAUUAUUAUAUACAUUAUAUAUUAUUCAUAUACACUAUUUUUAACGAUAGUGUCAGUUAUAUGAACUUAGUGCCGUGAAUAUAUUUGAUUGUUAUAUUGUUUUCAUACCGUGUUACUCUGCUACCUUAUAAAGUUAUCGUAAUAAUGCAAUAGAUAAUGAUUAUGUUCUCUAUACAUAUACACAUGUUAAUAACAAUAGCUAUAAUGAUUAGUACCGGAACCUUAUUAUACCAACGAAAAGGAGUACAUAUUUUUUGUUAUAUAAAUAUAAUAGAUUAAUCUGUUGAAUCACUACAUUGUAACGUUAUAUUAUUUGGAAGGGUUUGUGUGUGGGAUGAAAAAUAGGAACGGAUAAUACCCACGACAUCGUUUUACCGAGGAGGCUCAAUAAACGAACGGAUGCUUUGCGACUAUAUUGUAGGAAUAUAAUAUAAACGAUACAUGGAAUUUCUGCAUGCAUGCUGAUGAGAACGUGUUGUACGAUGGUAUUUUAGAUUCGACGAGUGAGUUGGGUGUUAAGUAACUAAUCCAAAGAGUGUACGCCGAUCCGGUGUCGAAUCGGCACGGUGUUGUGUCGAGCCUUGACUAGACUAGCGGGGCCCGCCGGCUCGCGAGGGCCGCCGGCCCGCGCCUACAUUAUGGAAGUGAUUAAUCCACCUUUGUGGAUAUAAAAUAUUUUUGAUAUACAUACUAGUAAUUGUUGGAGAGUAAGAGGUAAACUUAUGAGUUUUAAUUUAUAAGUGACAUUUGUUGAUCGUUUUCUUUGUAAUUUUGUCUUUGUUAGCUGUAUGAUGUUUUCUUGUAUUGAAACUGUAAUGAAAGGUUUUGAAAAUUAAGACGAGAUACCGUAGCGUAUGAAAAGUGGAAGUGGCGCGUAUUAUUUGGUUCUUUCGUGAUGUGUUUAUUAUUCAAAUGUACGAUUUGCGUUAUGUGCCAAGUGAUAUUUAAUAUUGAGGGAUUAAGAUUAAGUGGAAAUAUCAAAAUUAAUGAAAAACUUAGAUAUUUAUAUUUAUAAUUGUGAUAAUAAUAUAUGGAAGUUUUGGCAAAAAUGUCUUAAGAAUGUUUUACAUUCUAAUUCCCAAUUUCUCAAAUUUUAGGUUAGGUUAUAUAAAAAUUUUAAUUAUAAAGGCAGCAGGAGCAGUGAGGGCUAUGAUAUUACAAAUGCUCUUAGCUAACUGCUCGUCUUUUAACAAAACUAACGACUCCGAAAGUUAUUUAACUUCAGCCUCACAAAGAAAUUUGGCUUUAUAAUUCCCAAAUGCAUAAAAUAAUUUUCAUUUCAUCAGUUAAAUGAUUCCAAUUAGCUCACGUCACUAUGUAAUGCAUGUUUAGGGUUGUACACAGGAAUGUCAACACUACUCAUGACGAUUAAUUUCUUUUAAUUAUAAUUAAUAUUCCCAUUUUGCGUUUAAUCGCCUAUUCAUAAUAAAAUUGUAUAUUGCUUCCACAUAUUAUUGAAUUUAUUUAGAUAAUCAAUCUCUCUUUAAACAUUAGAAAUGACACACGAAAAAAUACAAAUUAUCAUUAGUACACUAAUAUUUGACACAAGAAUUGUAUAAAAUCAAAUCAAAUAAUUUAUUGAUGUGUUUUACAUAUUGAUAUAAUAGAGUAUGAUUUUAUUGUUAGCAGAGAGGGAUUUAAUCUUUUAAAAGAUGUUGUUUAAUAGAAAUGUAUUCAACAAAGCUCUCAAUUUAUAUUUCCUUAACAGUAUUACAUACAUUUAAAGAGGUUUCAAUUUAAUUUGUCAAAUAUUAGUAUUGCAGUUGUUGUUCCAUAGAAAUUAAUUAGUAUAUUUUCUUAUUAAUAGUAACGUAAUGGUUAACAAUGACUACAUUAGAUUACACUGGGUUUGUUCAUCACGUCAUAGUCAGGGAACUGCACCAUUAACUAGGCCGUCAUCGGCUGGUACGCAACUUGUACGAAGGUGAUGUGAACAAGGUUCCUAUGUCUAUACCUACCUCGCUGUUGUCUAUUGUACUAGUUAAUUUUAUUAACCUUUUGUUACUAAAUCUUGUUUGUCGAUGCAACAAUCGAUGACUAUAAAUCCUUGUAUAAUUUGGUGCAGUUUUCUCACACGCUACGGAUAGUAAUGUAUUAGCUUCCGUUUAAAAUGUAUUGUAACGAUAUCAGCUAGGUACGGAUGAAAUCACAUAAAAAAAUUCACUGCCAUUAUACCAAUAACAACUAACACAUGCACUGCGUAAAUAAUUCCAAGAGUGAAUGCUCUAAAACGAUAGGUGCUUUAUACGUGUAUGUUUAUACUUCUUAUGCGUAUAUCAUCACGGCCGUACUCUGAGAAGUUAAUUAACUUUCAAGUUUGACUAAAGUUUAACUUUCUUUGCAAUAGCAAUAGAAUGAGAUAACACCUGACUUAAUGAGACAUCAAAUUAUUUGACAUUUCUGUGUACGGUUGUUAGGUAUUUAUACCCAAAGUAAUUUCGAUUUGUUGUCAUUUGAUUGCAGUGAAAUAUUUACCAUAAUUUAGAUGAGAUCGGAGGAUCUAGUAUAAGGUUGUUAUAUGUUACACCUGAAUUUUACUAUUUAUAAAUUUUAACAACUCGAUAGGACUAUGGUAGCUUGAUACUGCUUUACUGUAAUAACGUUUUGUGCUAGGGCCUCAUGACCUCGAAUAUUGCUAAUGCGUUUUAUCACGGAUGCAAAUACAGACGCUUGAGUGCUGUGAAAAAAAAAUACUUUCAUUGCAGGUAGAGAAACAUAAUAAAUAUUAUUUGUUCAUUUAUUGAAUACAACAAACUAUUCCAACAUUUACAGUUCAUGCGAGACUGAUCAAUGCAGUGCGUAUUCAACGCCUUUAUUCUUUGGACUAACUAGUAUUGAGCAACAUUGACAAUAGCAGUGGUGUCACUAAUAACUGCAACAUUUGACCAACUAAAAUGGUAUGUAGUAAAAAUCUUUGGUUAUAAUGAACUUUUGGCGGAAUUUGGAGUUUUGUCUCAGGAGAUCAGGGAGUGCAUUGCAACAGGACCAAUCAGUAUGAUUAUAUUAUAUUAUAGAUGUGUGAAUGCUGCAAUGGGCUAACUUGCUGUCUCUUACCACAGUUAUCAUAAAACUAAAAUCAUAGUUAUUUGAUUCUAAAUAUGCGAUAGCAUUUAUUGUAACAUUCCAUUUAAUCUAACAUCUUGCUGAGAAAUUCGUUUAGGAUCAAACAUCUUCGUGAUCUUAAAAAAAUAAAUGUAUUUAAUGUUAUGUGGUAAGUAUUUGUAAUAAUUGUCUAUCGGUCACUGACCACACAUUACAAGAUGUACAAUUGUAAUCACGGUGUUAGCAGUUAUUUGUACAAUAUGAACAAGUAAUUUAUUAAUGUUUACUAGUCAAUUAUUUUACCCGUGCGCUUUGGGUUUAUGUCUUUCUGGUAAAGAAUAGGAAUUGAAUAUUACUUCUGAAAAGGAGUAUAGCUACUUUAAACGGAUUUUUCGCGCACGAGUACAAGUAAUUAUUUCUAGUAUAGAAAAACUAUAUACAUUAUUGACGUUUCAAUUUGUGUGUUGAAUUUGUAUAGAAUACAUGUUGGUGUAACAUUUUCACACAGUAACACAGUAUAUUGUAUUAGGUAUAUACACUGGAAACAUAUAUUGGCUUUUGUCAUGUGUUACUGAUGAUUGGAGCUGCGGCCCGCUGGGGCGGCGAAGGGCGGCGCUCGUCCCCGCCGCCGUCUGACACACUGACGGCCAGAUUCCCCUUGCAUCGGCUAUCUGAUUGGAGUUUUAAUAAGCAGUUACUUUCACUACGACAGAGUGUACAUAUAGGCAUGUUGUUUAUUCCUUCCAAAUGUAAGCAAGAGAGGGUUACAUUAUGAUUUGUAAUGUGUUUAGUAUGCAGAAAUAGUUUUAGUUUAUUAAUUGUAUCGUUGUGAAGUAGUGUUAAGUUGAGGGUCGGCGCGGGCGUCGCGAGGCCUCGAGACUGAACUACAACUGCCGCCGCACUCCCGCGCCUAUUACUUACAUGUCAUUAACACUAAUAAUAUACUUUUAUCAUUCUUGUUUGGUUCUACUGUUAUUUACGUUACUUUCUCAUGUGUGUGUAAUCACUAUUUUAUGUAUUCAACGUGUGAACGACUGGAUUCACUUUUAUAUAUGUUCAUGAUUGAUUGAAUAAUAUGUAUGCGAAUGGGAUAUUAUGAUUAAAUAAUAAUUUUGAUUAUAAAUAUUUAUGAAGCCGUCGAUCACACUUCGCAUUUUAGUAUUUUGAUACCAUUAAUUUUUUUAAUUGUUAUCUUCAUAGGUAAUAUUAGAGAAGGCCGUAUUAUUCGUAAAAUUCAGCCCCUCUGAAAGCUUUUGUUUCGGAGAGAUGAGUAUUGAACGUAUUAUGUAUUUGCUGGAACUUGUUGACAUUGCUGUCGGACGUAUAUCGGGUGCGGGCGUUAAGCGCCGCUCUCGCAGCCCGCCGCGUCGUCGCCCGUGCGGUCGCGUCCGCUGUGCGCGGUGCGCGGUGCGGCUUUGUGCCUCGUUCCAUCCACGCAUCCGAGCGGGGUGUGGGCUGACGGCGACGCGACCGCACCCGGCCAAUAACACUUCCGAUUUACAUUAUACACAUAGGGCCAGAGGUGUGUUUACUGUUACUUCUCUCGAUAAAUGUAUUAAGAUUACAAUAUACACUAUUGUUUUUUUUCACUGAUUUCAUACCGGAUAACUACUGUACCGCAAAAAUUUCUUUGAAUUUUUACUGUUAUUUUUAGAACCAUUUAUAAUUGGUAUAAGUUCUGAAACUAAUAACUACCUCAAUAUUACUAAAUGAAUAUGCUAAUUAUCUUUGUGCAUGUUUUUGGGAACUGAAUUUAAAAGAAUACGAAAAUUCAAUAUAGUAUAAGAACGCUAUUUUAAACAUAGUAAACAGAAAUUUGUCAAAAUUAGAUUUCGUAAAGUAAUAAAAAUGAUUUAAAAAGUGAUA